AUGCCUAUUACCAAGAAGGAGGCUGCGCCCGGUGCCGCCAUGAAGGCUGAGAUCGAGGACUACACCAAGGCUCUUGAGGUCGUCAAGACCUACACCAACCAGGAUGGCCUGGAUGUGGACACUCUCCUCGACUCCGACAAGCACGGUGCUCUGACCUACAACGACUUCCUGGUCCUGCCCGGUUACAUCGGCUUCCCUGCCUCCGAUGUUACCCUUGAUACCCCUGUGACCAAGCGUAUUUCGUUGAAGGCUCCCCUUCUGUCCUCUCCCAUGGAUACUGUCACCGAGCACAACAUGGCUAUCCACAUGGCCCUGCUCGGUGGUCUUGGUGUUAUCCACCACAACUGUGCUCCCCAGGACCAGGCCGAGAUGGUCCGCAAGGUUAAGAGAUACGAAAACGGUUUCAUCCUGGACCCCGUUGUUCUCUCCCCUAAGGCUACCGUUGGUGAGGCCAAGGAGCUCAAGGCCAAGUGGGGUUUCGGUGGCUUCCCCGUCACUGAGAACGGAACCCUCAAGUCCAAGCUGAUUGGUAUGGUCACCUCCCGUGACAUCCAGUUCCACCACAAGCUUGAUGACCCCGUCACUGCCAUCAUGGCCACUGACCUGGUCACUGCUCCCGCUGGAACCACCCUCUCCGAGGCCAACGAGGUCCUCCGUCAGUCCAGGAAGGGCAAGCUUCCCAUUGUUGAUGAGGCUGGCAACAUUGUCUCCCUGCUCUCUCGCUCGGAUUUGAUGAAGAACCUCCACUAUCCCCUGGCUUCUAAGCUCCCCGACUCCAAGCAGCUGAUUUGUGCUGCCGCCAUUGGUACUCGCGAGGAGGACAAGCACCGUCUCAAGCUGCUUGUUGAGGCUGGCUUGGAUAUCGUCAUCCUGGACUCCAGCCAGGGUAACUCCAUGUACCAGAUUGAGAUGAUCAAGUACGUCAAGAACACCUUCCCCGAGAUCGACGUUGUCGCCGGCAACGUUGUCACUCGCGAGCAGGCUGCUUCUCUGAUUGCCGCCGGUGCCGAUGGCCUGAGAAUUGGCAUGGGCAGCGGUAGCGCUUGCAUCACUCAGGAGGUUAUGGCUGUCGGUCGUCCCCAGGCCGCCGCUGUUCGCAGCGUCUCCGCUUUCGCCGCUCGCUUCGGUGUCCCUUGUAUCGCCGACGGUGGUGUCCAGAAUGUUGGCCACAUCGUCAAGGGUCUGGCCCUUGGUGCCAGUACCGUUAUGAUGGGUGGUCUCCUUGCCGGUACCACCGAGUCCCCUGGCGAGUACUUCGUUUCCAACGAGGGUCUGCUCGUCAAGGCCUACCGUGGUAUGGGCAGUAUCGCCGCCAUGGAGGACAAGAAGGCCGGCGCUGGCAGCAAGGACAGCAAGGCUAGCAACGCUGGUACCGCCCGCUACUUCUCCGAGAAGUCCAACGUCCUGGUCGCCCAGGGUGUUGCUGGCUCCGUUCUCGACCGUGGCUCCGUCACCAAGUUCAUUCCCUACCUCGUGGCCGGUGUUCAGCACUCUCUGCAGGACAUGGGUGUGAAGAGCCUUGACGCUCUGCACGACGGUGUCAACAAGGGCACUGUCCGCUUUGAGAUGAGAAGUGCCAGCGCCCAGACCGAGGGUAACGUCCACGGUCUUCACAGCUACGACAAGAAGCUUUACUCGUAA